AUGUCCUCUCUUGAGGCUAAGAUUGUCGUCCUCGGCUCUCAAGGCGUUGGUAAGACAUCUUUAGUCACACGGUAUUGCAAGGGUGCUUUUAAUCCUGCUCAAAAUACAUCCACCGUAGGCGCCAGCUUCAUGACCAAGAGGGUUAUCGACGGUGACACAGACACAGUUGUCCGCUUACAGAUAUGGGAUACAGCCGGACAGGAACGAUUUCGUUCGAUAUCCCGACUUUACUACCGCGGAGCCAACGCCUGUAUCCUCUGCUAUAGCAUAACCGAUGCACAAUCCUUCGCCGAAAUGGGUGUGUGGCUCACAGAGCUGCGUCGUAACCUCCCACCCGAUAUCGUUUUGCAUGUUGUAGGAACCAAGGCCGACAUUGUAGCCCGCGACCCCACACGCCGCGAAGUACCCUUCGAACGCUGCAUAGCAUAUGUCGCCGAGAAUCUCGCCCCGGGCUUAGGGUCAACGCCCCCGCCCACCGCUACCCCGACCGGCCUGACAGGUCUACCACCAGGACCUGGUGUAAGCCAGUCUAGUGUGGCAGUAACUCCCGCCGCUUCUAGCGCACAGGAACCACGCAGCCCGAGUAGCAAACGUAGUAGCGGGUUCUGGGGUCAGGAGGUGGGCUGGGAUGCGUGCCACGAGAUUAGCGCCGAAAGCGGCGAGGGUGUGGAAGAAGUCUUCAGGGUUGUCACCCGCAAAUUGGUCGAGCAGAACCGCAAAAUGCAGCAAGCCAUUCUAGCAGCCACUGCUACACCAGGCACGCCAGGUUACGAGAGUGGAAUGGAUGGCGGCUAUUUUGACGGCGUGAAUCCUCGGGGUAGUUUUCGUAUUAGAGAUCGCGGAAGAGAUCGCCGGAGCUGGUUGUUUUCUCCCGGUUUCUCACCGGCGGUCACCGUGGAGAAUCCGGCCAACGGAGGUACAGAGGAGCCGCGACCAAAUAACGGGCAAGAAGGAAGGGGUAGGAAGUGUUGCUAA